GUCUAAAACACGUUCUGUUUCGCGCGUUUCGCCUCGGUUGGGUUCGUAUGGUCCCUUGGAGCCAUGGCGGGGGUGGAAGCGCCCUGGCGGCGGCUGGUUGGUUGUCCUUCGGGACGUUUACGGCUGAGGAGAUCCGGAAGCUGAGUGGAAAUCUAUCCCAACCCUGCCUUUCUGGAUAAUGCAAGCACUCCAUCACCAAACGGACUGUACGAUUUGUCUUUGGGACCCAUUAACAACAAAGAAGUAUGCGCCACUUGUAUGCAGGACUUCAACAACUGCCCAGGUCACUUGGGUCACAUAGAGCUCCCCCUAACUGUCUAUAAUCCUCUCUUUUUUGAUAAAUUAUUCCUUCUGAUGCGAGGUUCGUGUCUGAACUGUUGCCAUCUGACAUGUUCACGUGCUGUGAUUCAUUUAUUGCUUAACCAGCUGAAGCUUCUGGAAGCAGGGCUGCUACAAGCAGCCCAUGAUCUGGAAGCCAUCCUCAGUAGGUUUUUAGACGUUGAUCCAAAUGGUGAUGUUGAGGAAGUAUUACGCUUGCACGUAGAGGAAAUGCUUCAGAACGACCAACUAAGAGACCAAGGUGCACCUGUAAAAACAGUAUGUGAAUAUAGGAAUAAACUUAUCUCCCAGUUUUGGAAAUUACAUAUGAAACCAAAGAGAUGUCCAAACUGCAAAGCUGGAAGAUCAUUUAUCCGAAAAGAACACAAUAGCAAACUCAUAGUGACAAACCCCACAGUCGUAAGUGAGAAAUCUGGCAAACCGACAAUAGUGGAGGAGGCAGCAAUUCUAGAUGAAACCCAGCUGGGAAAACGGGGCUAUUUGACGCCUAUGAUUGCCAAACAACACAUUGAAGCUUUGUGGAAGAAUGAUGGAUUUUUCCUUUCAAAGCUUUUCUCUGGUAUGACAGUCGCGGGUGAUUCAAAUUUCAAUUCUGAUAUGUUCUUCCUCGACCAACUUGUUGUUCCACCCUCGAGGCAUCGCCCUGUGAGUUGUGUGGGAGACCAAAUGUUUGCAAAUGGUCAAACAGUGAACUUACAAGCGGUCAUGAGGGAUGCUCAACUGACUCGGAAACUAUUGGCUGUUAUUGCUCAAGAAGAAUCCCAGUCCUUGCAAACUCAGAUGGGAGACUUCAAGAUGGUGACAGAACAGACCUUGGAACCCCUGGACCGCAGCUUCCUAGUGACAAUCCCAGGUCAGACUAUUGCAGAUAAGCUGUACAACAUCUGGAUUCGUCUGCAGAGCCGUGUAAAUAUUUUGUUUGACAGUGACAUGGAUAAGAUGCUAACUGAAAAAUACCCUGGUGUACGUCAGAUUCUGGAGAAAAAGGAUGGCUUGUUCCGUAAGCACAUGAUGGGAAAGCGAGUGGAUUAUGCUGCUCGGUCCGUCAUUUGUCCUGAUAUGUACAUUCAAACCAAUGAAAUUGGCAUCCCUAUGGUGUUUGCUACCAAACUGACUUAUCCUCAGCCUGUAACUCCCUGGAAUGUCCAAGAGUUGAGACGGGCUGUUAUAAAUGGUCCCAAUCAGCAUCCUGGUGCUUCCAUGAUCAUCAAUGAAGAUGGGUCUCGCACAAUACUGAGCACAACCAAUGAGACCCAGAGAGAAGCCAUAGCCAAGCAACUCCUGACUCCUUCCGCUGGGACACCAAAACCAGGAAUAAAAACUGUGUGCCGGCAUAUUAAAAAUGGAGAUGUACUUUUACUGAAUCGGCAACCUACCCUUCACAGACCCUCCAUCCAAGCUCAUCGAGCAAGGAUCCUCCCCGGCGAGAAGGUUCUGAGGCUCCACUAUGCCAAUUGCAAAGCCUACAAUGCCGAUUUUGAUGGUGAUGAAAUGAAUGCUCACUUUCCCCAGAAUGAGUUGGGCCGAGCUGAAGCAUAUAUAUUGGCUUGUACUGACAAACAGUAUCUAGUUCCUAAGGAUGGAACCCCAUUGGCAGGUUUGAUCCAAGAUCAUAUGAUCUCUGGUACCAGCAUGACUACACGAGGCUGCUUCUUCACUCGUGAGCAAUAUGCACAACUAGUGUAUCAAGGGCUGACAGACAAAAAGGGGAAGGUGAAACUCCUACCUCCUUCCAUUUUAAAACCACAGUGUUUGUGGACAGGAAAGCAGGUUGUUUCUACAUUGCUAAUAAAUGUAAUUCCAGAGGAUCACAUUCCUCUGAAUUUGUCUGGAAAAGCUAAGAUUGGUGGAAAAGCAUGGGUGAAGAAGUCUUCCCAUAGAAUUUACAGAACAAAUCUUGACUAUAUGUGUGAAUCUGAGGUUAUCAUCAGAAAUGGGGAAUUGCUUUGUGGGGUCUUGGAUAAAGCUCACUAUGGGAGCUCUGCCUAUGGUUUAGUCCACUGCUGCUAUGAGGUUUAUGGUGGUGAGACUGGUGGAAAGGUGCUGACAGCUCUGGCUCGGCUCUUCACUGCCUACUUGCAGUUCUACAGGGGUUUUACAAUGGGAGUUGAAGACAUUUUGGUCAAACACCAUGCAGAUCACAAGAGAUGCAAGCUCAUUAAAGAAAGUACCCACUAUGGUACAAAGGCUAUUCAAGCUGCAUUUAAUUUGCCCCAUACUGCAUCAUCUGAGGAGCUCCGAAGCAAAUGGCAAGAUGCACAUCUUCACAAAGACCAAAGAGAUUUUAACAUGGUUGAUAUGAAAUUCAAAGAAGUUGUCAACCAUUGCAGCAAUGAAAUUAACAAGGUGUGCAUGCCUCUUGGGCUUCAGCGGAGUUUUCCUGAGAAUAAUUUGCAGCUGAUGGUACAGUCAGGAGCCAAAGGCUCUACUGUGAAUACUAUGCAGAUAUCUUGCUUGCUGGGCCAGAUUGAGUUAGAAGGUCGAAGGCCUCCCUUGAUGCCAUCUGGUAAAUCAUUGCCAUGUUUCCAGCCUUAUGACUUUUCCCCCAAAUCAGGGGGAUUUGUGACAAGUCGAUUCCUCACUGGUAUCAAACCUUCGGAGUUCUUCUUCCAUUGUAUGGCUGGUAGAGAGGGUCUAGUGGAUACUGCUGUUAAAACCAGCCGAUCCGGAUACCUUCAAAGGUGUAUCAUAAAACAUUUGGAAGGCCUGAUAGUAAAUUAUGACCUGACUGUGCGAGACAGUGAUGGGAGUAUAAUUCAGUUUCUCUAUGGAGAAGAUGGGUUAGAUAUCCCCAAAACACAGUUCUUGCAGUCCAAGCAGUUUCCUUUCAUUGCAGAUAACCACAAGGCGAUAGAGAAAUCUGAGCAUCUUGAUGAAAUUCUGCCAAAAAUGGACCCUGAGCAAGCAAAUGUACAGUUCAGAGCCAUCAAGAAAUGGCAAGCCAAAAACCAGCUGCCAUUGAGAAGAAAAGGAGGCUUUUUGCAAUUCUGUCAGAAAAAGUUGGCUGGUAUAAGAGCACAGAUCCCUACAGGAGAACUUGUAAAUGGUCGAGAUCCCACAACUCUACAGUUGCUGAAAAUGUGGUAUGAACAGAAUGAGAAGAGUCGGAGGAAGUAUCAGAAGAAGGCAGCAAAAUGUCCAGAUCCUAGCCUUUCCAUCUGGCGACCAGACAUUCAUUUUGGAUCAGUAUCAGAAACAUUUGAAAAUGGAGUAGAGAAUUUCAUUGGAGAGUGGGACACUCAGAAUGAACUUAGCUACAACAAAUCUGAUCUUUCUUCUCAGAGAUUAAAGGAUUUACUGCAUUUAAAAUGGCAACGGUCACUCUGUGACCCAGGAGAAGCUGUGGGUCUCCUUGCAGGUCAAAGUAUUGGAGAACCCUCCACACAGAUGACUCUGAACACAUUUCACUUUGCUGGAAGAGGAGAAAUGAAUGUCACCCUUGGUAUUCCAAGGUUGAGGGAGAUCUUGAUGAUAGCCAGUGCUAAUAUCAAAACGCCAAUGAUGAGUGUUCCUGUACUUAACACCAAGAAAGCUCACAAGGGGGCAAAGCGGCUCAAGAAACAGCUUACAAGAUUGUACUUAGGGGAGGUGUUAGAAAAAGUUGACAUCAAAGAGUCUCUGCACAUGAACGAGAUGCAAAGCAAGCACCGUGUUUAUACCAUCAGAUUUUAUUUUCUGCCAUAUGAAUGCUAUAAAGAAGAGAAAUAUGUGAAGCCAAGGGACAUCUUGCAUUUUAUGGAGUCAAAAUUUUUUAAAAUCUUGCUGGAAACCAUUAAAAAGAAGUGUUCAAAGUUGCCACUUUACAACACUGUCAGCACUCGAAGAGCAGUUCAGAGGGAUGUAGAAGAUGGUGAGGAAAAUGAUGCCUCCCAGGAAAAUCAGGACAACAAUGAAGCUGAAGCUGAGGAAGAAGGAAGAGUUCCAGAUGUUCCAGAUGAUGAAAGAGAUGAAGAGUACGUAGAUGCUUCAGAUGCAAAAAGAAAAGCUAACCAGGAAGAGGAGGUUGAUUAUGAGAGUGAUGAAGAUAAUGAAAUAGAGGACGAUGACAUUCUGGAAGAAGAAGAGAAUGAAGUGAAUGGAAGGAAUCCAGAGACAAAUGAAAGUCAAGAUGAGACGUAUGCUCCUUCCUCUAGCCAAAGGGCUCACAAUAAACAAAUGGAUGUAAAUAACUUGCCACAACAAAGAAUUAAUGCUGUUUUGGAGAAACAUGAUGCUGCAGAGAGCUAUGCAUAUGACAUUGAUAAUGAACUGUGGUGUGAGAUUUCACUGAAGCUUCCUCUGAUAAAUGAGUAUUUUGACUUUCCCUCACUUCUGACAUCUCUAGCAAAUGGCGUUGUUAUUCAUGAGACAAAGGGGAUUACUCGGUGCCUCUUAAAUGAAUCCAGCAAUAAAAAUGGAGAGGUGGAGCUCACUUUACAGACUGAAGGAAUAAAUCUCCCUGAGCUUUUCCGCUAUGCUGAUAUUUUAAAUGUGAACAGGCUUUAUUGCAAUGACAUCCAUGCAAUGGCCAGUACCUAUGGCAUUGAAGCUGCCUUGAGAGCCCUUGAGAAGGAGAUUAAAGAUGUUUUUGGUGCAUAUGGAAUUGUGGUAGAUCCUCGGCACCUCUCUCUGGUGGCUGACUACAUGUGCUUUGAAGGUAUUUACAAACCACUGAAUCGGUAUGGGAUACAGUCCAGUUCAUCCCCAUUGCAGCAAAUGACAUUUGAGACAAGCUACAAGUUUCUAAAGGAAGCAACCAUGUUGGGCUCACAUGACAAACUGCAAUCUCCAUCUGCUUGCUUGGUUGUAGGAAGAGUUGUCAAGGGAGGAACCGGCUUGUUUGAUCUUAAACAACCCCUUAAAUAAUUUUGUUUCUGAGACUUUUAAAGUUGAUUUAUUGUAAGAAAUAAAGAUGCUGCUAUUUUGGUUUA